CUCUAAUAUCUUUCUCUAAAUUUUCCUCACAAUAUUAAUCUCUUCAAUGGCCCAGUUGUGCUUUUUAAUUCAAAUUUUUAUACUACCAACUAUCAAAUCCACCUCACAAACACAUAAUCCUAAAUCAUAUAAUAUAAACACAAUAAAGAUAGAACCUUUAAUUGGCCAGCAUUUCAAUGCCCUUCUGCAACUUCCAAAAGGACACAACAACAUAGAAAAAAAGUAAAUACAAAGAAAAAGAGUUUUGAUUUUUUUGUUCCUUUUCUAUCUCUCCUCUCCCUUUUCCAUCUUGAUCACUACUCCUAGUUUUCUGAUGUUUGUCUGCUCUGUCUCAUAGACUCUCUCUUACAAAAAAAAAGAAAAAGAAAAGAGAAAAUCGAAUUUUAAUUCCAAUUACAAGAAUUUCAAUCCAAUUGUAAUGGGCACCCAAAAUCAAACAACAAUUAUGUGGUGGCUUCUUUGUGGUUUCUCAAGUCUUUGGUCAGAGUUUCAUACAAGGAAUAAGACUCCCACCAUUAAACCUAAUCCCUUUUGCCCCUUCUCUUCCUUCUUUCUUCUCCCUUCAAGGCUUCUUUCUCGCUCUUCCUCUCUCUUUCUCUCUCCCUCGCUCCUGUGUUCUUUUUGUAUCCGCGAUUCUUAGGUUUCGACUGAGCGGAUCCGAUGAAGGAGAUCACGACUGAUUUCGUCUCUUCUUCUUCGCGUGGCGAUCCCAGGAUCAUGCUCAAGCAUCAAAUCCUUAUGCAGGACUAUCAGGAGUUGCGGAAGGAAACAGAGUUUAAGAUGAGGAAAUUAGAUAUGAUGAAACAAAGACGAUUGACCCUCGAGGCAGAAGUUAGGUUCUUGAGGCGUAGACACAAACACUUGAAGCAAGACCAAACUCUUGAAACCAAUCCGAGGAUGUCGAGAUUGUCAGAAUCUGGGGAUUUAGAGGUGCCAAGUAAACCAGGUCUCAAAAGAAAGAAGCACUCUGCUCCGAGAGCCUCUGUGACGUGUUCUGAUUUGAAACAGAGGAAUACAAUCUGCAAUGAGAAGGACGCACUGGCUAAUAAUAAUGCAAGUUGUGACUUGGAAAACAAUCCGAAAAGGAGCAGAGGAAUCGAGGUUAUGACAAACUCCGUUCCACUUCCUGAUCUUAACGGAGAUGGGAACACUUUUGUCACCACCAACAAAGUCCCAGGCUUUGACCUAAACCAGAUCUCGAGAGAAGAAGAGGAGCCGGAAGUGAAUGGUGAACAAAUGUUCGCGGAAGCGACAAAGAAGGCAAUGCUUGGUAAUGGAAUCGAUGAUCUGCAUUGCGAGAUGAAGCUGCCGAUUUUCAGAGACGUGGAGAAAGAGUUACAUAGAGCAGUGAAGAGGAAGGUUUCAUGGCAAGAUCCAGUGGCUUUAAGUGUUUGAUGUUUUAAGUAAGAAUGUGAAGUAGGAUCGAGAUAACGAUUUAGCCCCAAUUUGCACAUAUGCUUUUAAGGGUUUUUAUAUAUACAAGUAUAGAUACAAGCCUUGAUUAGUUAGAAAGCCAACACUUUCAUAUGACAACAACUCUUGUCCUAGUUUCAGCAUUAUCCUUUAAAUCCAAUAUGGUGAUUACAGAAUCUCAUGUGUUUAUGUUUUAUGGUUUUCCUUAUCGGAUUUUGCCAUUUUGGGCAAUAAUUAGAAGAACCUAGUUAAAUAAACAAUAAAAUUGUGAAAAUUUUAAUCUACAUAUCAUUCUACUAUUAUGAUUCAGUGGGUAAAUGAAAUGAGAUUGCAUAUUUUAAUCGACCUAUCACUGUAUGAAGUCUCUUGAUUGGCACACCAGACGACGCAGCUCUCUAUGUGAUGGAAGUCAACGGCGACGAAACAAGGGUGGAGAUGGGAUCGGGACUCGUCCCUGAGUGGAAUGAGCUGACUCGGGAAUGUCUGAACGACAUCUUCUCACGGCUGACCAUGGAACAACGAUGGACCGGACCGAUGCUAGUCUGUAAGACCUUGAUGAACGUAUGCCAAGACCCGUCUCUCAACACAAUCGUCGAUCUAGAAACUCCGUUUCUGUCGAUCCCCGAAUCGAUCGACUUGUGGACUUGCGAAUUUGAGGCUAAAGUCGACUCAAUCCUCCGCUGUGUUGUGGAUCGGAGCGAGGGUGGUGUCACGGAGAUUCGAGUCAGACACUGUACCAAUCAAUCUCUCUCAUACGUCGCCGAGAGAUGCCCUAAUCUUGAGGUGCUUUGGGUUAAGUACUGCCCUAACGUAACAGAUACAUCGAUGAUGAAGAUAGCCUCAAAUUGUCCAAUGCUUAGAGAGCUUGACAUAAGCUACUCUUAUGGUAUAUCUCACAAGUCUCUGAAAAUGUUUGGUAUGAAGUGCAAGAAUCUUCAGGUCAUGAAGAAGAACCUGGUGGAUCCGUCCGAGUUCACGAGGUUCGAGCACACAGGGCUAGUACCAUUGCUGUAUUCGGACAUACCAGCUCCACCAAGCUUAGGGGAUAGAGUUGCUAUAGCAGUAGGGAGACACAUGCCUCAGCUGAAGCACCUCGAGCUUCAAUACUCCACAAUAACUCGCGAGUCUGUUGUCGUAUUGUGUAGAGGAUGUCCGAAUCUGGAGUACGUGGACAUAUUAGGGUGUUGGAACUUAGCAUCCCGUGAUAUUGCCACCCAGUUCUCCAGCUUGAAGAAUGCGACUAUCAAGGACUUGGUUUCUCUUCUAAUUUCCUUUGAACACUAUCUCUCUUCACUUUAUGCUCAUAUAAUUAGAUUGUUCAAAUCUAGAGUAUCUGGACUUGUUCAGAUAUAUGAGUUGAAAGUGAAGGAAAUCACAUUGAAGAAGAAACUCCUUUUUUUGUCUUCCUUUGGUCGCAAGAAGACUAUCCAGUUUUCCACCUUCUCGAUCAAAAUGGGAUCGAGACGCGGCCCUGACUGGUCUGAGUUGAUUCGGGAGUGUCUCAUCGACAUCUUCUCGCGGCUGAGCACGGAACAAAAAUGGCUUGGACCGAUGCUGGUCUGCAAGAACUGGAAGAACGUUUGCCGAGACCCGUCUCUCAACUCGGUCUUCGACGUCGAAGCUUGGUUUCUGUCUGCCACCGACUCGAGCAUCUGCUGGAGUCCUGAAUUCGAGGAAAACAUCGACUCAAGUCUCCGUUCUGUUGUCGAUCUGAGCCAAGGCGGUCUCAAAGAGAUUCGGGUCAGGCAUUGUACUAACCAAUCAAUCUCGUACGUCGCGGAGAGGUGCCCUAAUCUUGAGGUGCUUUGGGUUAAGUAUAGCCCAAACGUUACAAUUGAGUCGAUGAGACAGAUAGCCUUAAACUGCCCUAAGCUUAAGGAACUUGAUGUAAGCUGCUCUUGUGAAAUAUCUUGCGAGUGUAUUGAAAUGCUCGGUAAGAAUUGUAAGAAUCUUGAGAUCCUGAAACGGAAUAUGAUGGAUCCUGCGGAGGUCGUCACGACGAGGUUUCGCUCGAGGUUCGUGCCUAAUACCUAUCUGCAGGCAACUUUCUUCACUUUAGGGAAUUUUGAUGCUCGUGCAAUUGGGAGACACUUGAGUCAGCUGAAGCACCUGGAGCUUCGAUUCUCUACAAUGACGGAUAUAGGUCUUCUCCAUCUCUGUGGUUGUUCGAAGCUGGAGUAUUUGGACUUGUCCGGGUGUCGGAACCUGACUAGCGAUGGUGUUACUAACCAUAUCUCGAGUUUGAAGAACUUGAAGGAGAUCAAGAAACCAGUUUUUACAGUUUUUUUCUUCUGA